GCAGGCUAGCACGCGCAGGAAGAAGAGAGAAGAAUCGGCACCUCCUCGAAGCGAAAGUAUUAUUGUGCAUUAUAAUACCCGUUCACCUCUUCAAACACUUAUUACCCGGACGCGGUAAUGACCGAAAUCCCUUUCUGAUUCUCCAAGAAACCGCCAAGUGUUCACAGAGUUUGUUAUUUGUCGGACAUUUAGCGCGUGUCGCUGUCGAGCGAGUUCGCGGAAGAGUUCAACAUCGUCCCUGUUCCGCGUACCAAAAGUUAUCGAUUAAGAAGAUAAACUGGAACUUUACAUCAAGCGAGGUACAGUCGACGGCGGUGUGAAUAUGAGUUACAAGCCGAUCGCCCCCGCACCCACCGGCUCUAACCACACACCACCAGGAUCCUGUGGCUCCUCUCCAUCGCUACCAUCCUCUUCAAACUUUAGACCAGCGUUCAGUGACUUUGGUCCACCAUCAAUGGGCUUUCUACAACCAGUUAAAGUGUCCCAGGGAUCCACCUACAGUGAGCUGCUCUCUGUCAUUGAGGAGAUGAGCCGUGAAAUACGGCCUACCUACGCUGGCAGCAAAAGUGCCAUGGAGAGACUAAAAAGAGGUAUCAUUCAUGCACGUGCCCUUGUCAGGGAGUGUCUAGCAGAGACAGAGCGAAGUGCUCGCACAUAACAUCCACCCACAAUCUCCCUCUGGUACUUCUCCCCAUUGUUCUGUCUCUCACAAGAAACGCUUUCUUUCUCUGCCAAGAUAUUUACACCAAUAUUUUGUAUCUUUCUUAUUGAGCUACUUUGUCCAUCACGCAUAGCCUAGAUCCCACCUGCCCUGAUGUAAACCUCAUGUAGUUUUACUGCAAAGAGCAAAGCAAUUUUUUAAGCCCAAUUUUUGCAAUUCUGUAUUUAAAUAAAACAAAAUCAAUAAACAAUUUGAAGAAUUUUCAA